AGGCUCUCGGACAGACCUCCUGCAGACAAAAAGAGAGAAAAAAAAUUCCCGCUCGCUACUUUCCAUCGUCUUCCUCAAAGCCACCCCACCCCACCCCGCCCCACUCUCUUCCCCGAAAAAGAUGCCAACUUUGCCUCCUGAAACCAUCCCCAGGAAGAGAUUCUUAGGGUUUCUCAUAUGGCAAUCGAUACCCACUACGCUUCUCUUCUUCCUCUUCAAAGCCGCGAUUUCUGCUUUCGCUCCAACCACUCGCCCCCGCAGCAGAGCGUCGUCGAUCCUCGGUUUCUUGCUCUGUUUCGUCUCCUUCGAGCUCUCGCAGCUCCUGUUCUCCGCUUCUCUCUCCUUCCUUUCCUCUCCGCAGCCUGAUCGCCCCGCUUCGCCGCUCGAGCUCGGGCUCGGGCUCGUCCGGUUGGUGGUCGAGUCGCGGACGGCGUCGCCCGAGCUGCGGCGGCGAGCUAGGGUUUCGCUAACCAUCGCGACGUUCGUCGUGGCGUGCGCGGUGUCGAGUUUCUUGUCGGUGGCAGCGGUGUGUUGGGGGGUGAGUUCGGGGGAUUCGAUUGGGAGAGUAGUGGGGUUUAGAGGUUUCGUAGUUGGGCUGUUGUAUGGGGUGUUAUAUGUUUAUAAGCGCAGAUGGGUAUUGAAGUUUCCCAUUGUUCAGCGGACACUAUAUUUCAGCUUCAAGAUGGGAUUGCCUACUGCUGCCAGAAAUUCUUUUAAAUUUUCCGGCGCUGCCUAUGUAUUUUCAUCUCUGCUGUUAGCAUUUCUCCCUGAUCAUCACUAUGUUCGGGCUAGCAUGGGAAGAUUCUUGCUUGAGCAAAUUAUCUUUUACAUGGGGACUCUUGCUGUUUUCCUUUGCUGGGAAUUGAUUCAUCAUUUGCACCAGGUCUUACACACAAAGAGGUUCAUAUUUGCUCCCCCAAGAGGGUCGGCUGCAGCAGAAACAAAUCCAAGCGAACCACUUCUUGCAGCUUUGGAGGAAAGUCACCCAAGUGCUCUUGUUCACUAUCUUGCUUAUCUGGAUCUCUGCAUGGUUUGUGAGAAUAAUGUGGAUACUUGGCGGCGAGCUGCUUUCUUUGAAGAAACUGGUGACACUUACAAAAGAGUUAUAGCGGUAUGCCUGAGGCCUUUGGAAAAGCUUGCAUCAAAAUUAGCUGAAGGUCUAGAAACUUCUGCUGAUAAAAGCUACCCACUUUCAAAUCAGUUACUCUCCCCUGCCGACUUUCAGCUAGAUUCAUCUUGCUAUGAACCAAUACAUCAUUAUCAGUUGUAUGCAUGGUGUGCCAGAGCUGCUGCCUCUCUGACCGUGCACUCACAUGAGGAGGACAGAUAUGGUGUUGCUCAGCUUUCUGGCAGCAAUGCUGCUGUUUUAUCUACCCUAUUGUCUUGCCUUCUUGCGGUUGAAUCAUUCAUGGGGAAGAGGACCCACUUGCAAUCCCAGCACCACUUUAUGGGAGCCAGUGGUAUUAAAUGGGCGACGCCAAACGCUGGAAGAAGGUAUUUUCCGUCCAGUACCGUGGGUAAGAGAAGGGGUUCUCCUCUGCAUUCAAAAGCAUAUGCUAUUGCUGAUGUUCUUAGGACAUCCAUUUACCAAAUAGUGUCUGCCUUCCACGAUGAAAUGCUUGCCAGUGCCAAAUCUGGCAAUCUUGAAAAGGAAUGGACCAUCAAUGCGAAGCCUCCAUUUGGCACUCGUGAUCUUCUCUUGCAGAAAUUGCAUCUCUUCUUGGAUUUUCGGGCUAGCUAAUCUCAUCUCUGAGGCUUCUCUCGUUGUAUUGUGUCCAACUGUCUCUUUUUGCCUUUUCAUCUCAUUUAACCACUCUGAAGAGUCAAGACGCCACAGGAUGUAACGUUGUCGGAAGAUAAAUAUAAGCAUUCCACAUUUUCC